GCAAAACAGAACCUUAAUUUCUUUUCCUCUCUUGCAGAAGAUGUAGAUGUCAGCCAGUGCAGAAUUGCCCAUUUUAAGGCUGGGAACAUGAUCCUAGAGGAACCAGCAAAAMUGAUUGCUUUCUACGCUGUCCUGGAAAAUCCCAACUUCUCAAUGCUUGGGGUGAUUUGGYGAAAGUUACGUUCAACCCUAAGUUCCCUCCCSAUGCACUCCUUGGUGAUGAUCUUCCAGCAGCUCACUGCUGCAAAUACAACACUUCACCUCUACCUGAUCCCAGAUGACAACUCUGUGAAGCAGGCCAUUGAAAGGCAAGAAAUGAACUGGAACUCAAAGCUUAUUCCCAAGCCUUCUCCCAUCAAUCCUCUGUUCUUUGGCUGCAUUUACCAAGUCUCCAGUACGUCGCAUGUGGAGAUAACACCUGAACCCCACUUGCCAUUCUGCUACAAGAGUCCCGAGGAACAGCAGCUCUUCAUUGAGAUCUACAUCAGGAACAUGGCAGAGGAGAUCUGGCUCCUUAUGAAGGACAUACACAGGGACACCCUGGUCUGGAAGGCGUCACUGAGGUCAGGUGACUGUGCUGACGUGGAGAGCGUGCAGCAUCUCGUUCCAGAUCCCACCUGCCCUCCUKCCUCUGCCUCCUCGGGCUUUUCAGGUGCAGCCUUCAUAAAGAAGCACAAGAAGGAGCUUUGCAGUCGCAUGGGGAGGAUCUCCCCGAUCCUGCUGCACUUGCAAACCGCCAACAUUAUCAACAGCGACGAAGAAGAAGAGGUGCUAAGCCAAAAGACACGUCAAAAGAAGAACAGAGUUUUGCUGGAGCUCRUUGAGAGAAAAGGUUGCAAGGCCCAAGAGCAGCUCUACAGGAUUCUCCGGGAAAAGGACAAGUUCCUCAUCAGUGACUUAGAGGAGUCUAGCUAGGCGCAACAGGCAGCUUCUGCUCCCACACUGCAGCCCUAGGACAGUCGRGGAAAAGCGGGGCUCUGUCACUGCCCACAUCUCAACUGCUGAAGCCAACGCYGCGGGUGCAAGGUCUCAUCAAGGCCUGCUGCACUGCCUGGUCUCUUGCAGCAAGGGAGGGUCCCGGUCACGCUGCCCCUCCGCUGGGAGGCAGCUGGAAGGAGCCGGAGAAGACGCCCUGGUUCCCCAGCCAGCAACACCCCCACACACCCUGCGGCCUCCCU